UGGCAACGCAAGUAUCAUGCACCUCGUGAAGAAUGGGCCAAGGAUAAUCAGGAUAUCCAGGAUCAGCCAUUCGGUAUUCAGGUACGCAACGUGCGUUGUUGCAAAUGCCACAAAUGGGGCCACUUGAACACUGACAAUGAGUGUCCCCUGUAUGGAAUGAGUGGAAAUUUUGAAGACGCUGGAUAUGCCAAUAACCCUUCCGAUCUCAUCAAAGAGUUGCGCAAGGAGCGUGAAGCUGUUGGUCCUUCGAGUAAAAAAGAGGAUUUAAUGAAUCGGAAGGAAUUUAUGGAUCGUACCCAACUCGCUGAAGAAAUGAAAGAAACUCAUGGUCUGCGUCUGAAAGGAAGCGUUCUGAAUGUAAUUCGUGAAGAUCAAGAUGUAACUACGCUGAAAGCGGAGCCGAGCGAGGCAGAGCAAAUGAAGGCCUUUUUGGCUAGCCUG